AUAUCAUCACAACUGCUUCUCUGCUACACCAAAAUAUCCUACGAAUUUGAAAAAUCUUUAAUAUUCAUUUUCGAAGGUGCAGAAGAUACUUCUAAUCAUCAACAUCACUCUGAUUUUUCACAUUGAAUUAUUGUGUGAAUUCAAAUUUUGACUAGCCUAGUCCACCACCUACUAGUAAUAACGAUCUACCUAGUAGCAAGUGUAUACUUUCGGUUAUAACCUCAAGACUACCAACCUCCUCUUGCAGAAACACAACAGUAUAUUGUUGACUCCAUCUUCUGUCUAGACUUUUUUGCACAUCCCUAACUAUUUAUUCAAUAUUUAAACAACAACAACAACAUGAUGACUAUGACUACAACUUCUCCACUGAUGGUCUCAUCAACAACUGCUAGUAAUUCAACAACGACGCCAACGUCUGUAUCACGUGCAAAAGACAUUUCUACAAUACCAACAACAACAAACGAUGAUGAUAGCCUGCUGUCCAAAAGUCUGGGACACUACAAUCCUGCACAAGGAACAAAUAUGCCUCGUGGAUCUUACCAUGAUAUUAAAUCUAGAUAUUUCAUGUCAUUGAAUCUGUCCUCACCACAUAACACCACUCCCAAAACUCCUCCACAACAAACAUCUCCAUCCCUCCCAAAUUCAUCUGGUGUCAUGAAUACAUCUGGUUCCCUCCUCACUAACAAUAUCAAUAGAACCCAAAGAACGAGUAGCUUAUCCUCCCAAAUUACCAGACAAACUUCUCCUGGACAAAAACCUGAAUCCAGAGAAAGAAGACAAACUUCCUAUGAUUUCAACAGACACUCAGAGGCUAUUCCAAUUCCUAGCAAAAUGGCUGUACCAGUAGCUGCUGAAAGUCUAAUGUAUAAUAAUAAUGGAACCUAUGACCCAUCAGUAGUUCCUAGUUUAAUGACUGAUGAUUCAAUGCCAAUGAUGUUCGAUGGUGAUUUUAGUUUUACUGAUAGUAGCGAGAGUGGUAGUAUUGAUUUGUCACCUUUUUUCACUUCAAACACUCAAUCCAAUACUUCGUCCGUUGCUUCUUCCAAACAAAUUGCUAAACCAGGCAAAUCCAAUAUGAAAGGAAGUGCCUUGAAUCCAAAUACUACCAAGAAGAGCGUCUCUAUUAAGAUAGAGACAACAACUUCUGCAGUUAAGGAUUCAUCAGUUUCUUCAACGGAUUCUUCAGAAUCCUCAGAAGAAAGAUCCCCUCUCACGCCAAAUAGAACUAUCAUUCCACCUCACUUAAUGAACAACCGUUCAGAUUUCUCAUUGUACAGACAACAACAAAAAUAUAAUACUAAAGUUUAUAAAAUAUAAAUAAACAGAGAAAAAGAUAAAUAAUGAUUCU